AUGGCCCAAUGGACGGUUUUUGAACGGACUACCCUCCACCCUACUGAACUCUCUUCACUGUACACGAUGCUCCCGGCCUCUCUGCAACAACGAAUACCGCGUCUGUGCUCUCUUCGUCGGUCGAUCAUUUCGUCGCAGGAACUGCACAGCUCCUCCUCAACUCGAGAUUCGCAUCGCGGAUUUGUUUCCGCCUCCGAACCUCAGUUAGAAUGCUAUGAUGCGAAGGGCGAAUUGAUGGGCGAUCCUUCACAUCCAAUGACAGCAGACAGUCAAGAGUCGCUGGCCAGCUCGUCGUCCGGAAAUCCCUCCGGGAUCUCAACGCCUGAGGUGGACCGUUCGACUGCUUCGAAUUACGAGACAGAUUCCGGACUGAGGUGGAAUCGCGUUGCUCCAGGCAUGUCUCAUCCUAGAGCUUUGUGCUCCUUCAAUCUCCUCCGCAAUGCCGGCUUUGAAGCCCAGCAGCCCAACUCCGACAGCCGUCUCGUGCGAACGCUGUACAUAAAUGGUCUUCUCUAUCUCCUGGAGGCGCUACCUGAAGAUUUGACCAGUGACGAGGUUCGCUGUAUCCAGAAUCGUCUUCCAGAACCCGUGAAGUCUACCCUUCCCGAGGCAGAUAGUCGCAGCCAGCCAGGCAAACCGGGACGAUUCCCAGGGCAGGACCAGCCGUCGUAUCUCCACCGCAUCCUGGCUACCAUCAUUAUCUACGGCUUCCUCCUGGCGCAGCUGCUCAUUCCCUACGUGAAGACGUUCCUGCACAACGUGUAUCUAUAUGAAAGGCAUCAUCGCAUCACGGAGCGGCUUGUCGCGGCGGUCCUGGAAACGGCCGACAGUCUGGGGAAAGGCGGUGCCAGUUUCGGUUCGGCCCUCGUGAGGCUCAGCGAAGGCAGGGUGGGCGCCGCCGUCUCCAGCUUUACGGCGUGGUGGAUCGAGGGUAUCGCUGGUGGAGUCUAUGAGGCGCCAGGCUUCCUAGAAAGAUACCUUCAUAUGUGGGUCGCAUCAGAUCGUGGGAUGUCUCCGUACAGCGAAUACGGAGUUAGCGUACCGACCGCGAUGCGGCUUCCUGCUUCCAAGAACCUCCUCAGUAAGCUCUCCGCGGAUCAUGUCGUCCCACAAACUUCCCAAUCUCCCUUCCUUACGCAGGCACCAACUCCUGUUGGAAUUUGCGAGUCUGAAACAUGCUCCCCCGCCAGGAGUCUACGCCCCUAUGCCUCUGCCAUCCUUCGCUUUCAUAUCCGCUUCCCUCACAAUUACCCUGAUCUCCCACCGCUCGUCACUUUCACGACCGAUAUAUUCCACCCGCUCAUUGUUCCGCUGACGACCUACAUUUUUACCACUGGGUCCUCGAACGAAGAUCCAGUCAGCGCGACUGAUGAGGAGAGGUUACCGCCAGGCGGAUUCAGCCUUCGACAUGGUUUCCCGCACUGGUUCGGCCGGGCACAAAGGACGGCUGCGAACUCGGUAGCCACGUCAAGAAAUGUGAGUGGAAGUGCCUCUGGCGAGGCGAAAGCAGAUUCAGCGGGAGCAGAGUCGCCGGAUGCCGGGAGCAAGCCAGCUGGGGAGGGUGACAACACUGGAGACAAUCCGCAGAAUGACCCAGCCGCGCCGUCUACGCCGAAGAAGAAACCAGGAGAUGAUGCCAAUGUCACGUCGCCAUCACGAGGAGCAUCGGACAACACUCAAAAAGAUACCCCUUCCCGCAUAUCACCUGCUCCUGCCGCGGCUCCCUACCAGGAAACCCAGAAGACCGUCACGGUAGUGGAGUUGUUGAACUAUAUUCGGUCCACAUUUGAUGACGAGACCAUCCUAGAUUCCCUUCCCCUCGAGGCGGCUGGGAACCAGGGGGCGUGGCAUGCAUGGAGAGCACACAGAAGAACUGUGAAGGGGUUGAAACGCGAGUCAAAAGGGACAGAUACACCGGACGGCAGCGCGAAAAAGGGAACCCCGCAGGCGCGUCCACCAGGCGAAUGGAAUUGGGAAGGCGUCUGGGCCAAGAGAGUGCAAAGCUGCAUCGAGGCCAGUCAGUCGGAUGCCAUUCUAUUCGGGAACGCUCGCGGUGGAGACGACUCUAUACGUUUUCUCGAUAUGGAUGAGGCUAGUUUACAGAGUGUGAAGGAGAGGAUUAUUCGUCCAACAGAGAAGGUUCAAGAGUGA